AUGGUUUGCCGUAGAGUUUUAUCCAACCCUAUGGAAGAUUCUGAUUCUGGUGAUGCAGUGGCAGGAGGGGGAGUUGGGCUGGUGACGGCUGCAGCAUCAGUUGAGGUGGUGGAGGAGGGGGAAGAUGGAGAGGAGUUGGGGAGGGAUGCAGAAGGAGAAGGGAGGGAGAAGGAAGAGGAGGAGGAAGAGGAGGAAGAGGAGGAGGAGGAGGAGGAAGAGGAGGAGGAAGAGGAGGAGGAAGAGGAGGAGGAAGAGGAGGAGGAGGCAUCGGUAGGGUAG